UCUCAGUUUCAAGAAAACCAACAACAAAGCUAGACUCUUGGUAAGUUCUUCCAUAUCUCUCAUGACAUUUUCUCAGGAAAACAUGGACUUGAUAUCCCCUUCAUCAUCACCACAAGUUAUACCUCUCAAACCAAACACAAGCUUCGACUUAGCCAGCAAAGUCAGCCCCGACAUCCUCCUUAUAAUCAUAAUCCUCUCCAUCAUCUUCUUCAUCUCCGGUCUCAUCCACAUCCUCGUCAAGUUCCUCCUCAUGCCAUCAACCCAAAACAGAGAAGAUUACUUCGACAACAGCAGCGCCACAGCUCUUCAAGGCCAGCUCCACCAACUUUUCCACCUCCACGAUUACGGCGUUGACCAGUCCUUGAUCGACACGUUACCUGUUUUUCAUUACAAAUCCAUCACCGGUCUCAAGAUCUCACCUUUCGAUUGUCCCGUUUGUCUCUGCGAGUUCGAAGCAGAGGACAAACUCAGGCUCUUGCCUAAAUGCAGCCACGCCUUUCACGUUGACUGUAUCGACACGUGGCUUCUCUCUCACUCUACUUGUCCACUUUGCAGAUCCAAUCUCCUUCUCUCUGAUUUCUCACCUCGUCAUAGUCCAUAUCUCCUUGUUCUUGAGUCCGCGAGUGGUAGAGACAUGGUUCCUGUUCCUGAGGCUAAUGAUCUUGGGUCGACCCAUUUCGGGUCGGGUCGUACAUCAUGCGACCCUGAUGGUGUAGAUGGAAAUGUUGUUCCUUUAGAAGUUAAGCUAGGGAAGUUUAGGAACAUGGAUCAUGUUGGUGAAGGAAGUAACAAUAAGAAUAAUAUUAGUGGUAAUAGCAAUUUAGAUGUAAGGAGGUGUUUUUCAAUGGGAUCAUUUGAGUAUAUUAUGGACCAAGAAGCGAUACUUAAGGUCCACGUUACGACCAAGAAACAAUCCGACAAAGACAUUCGCUUGUCUGGCCGUAGGGCAGUUAUGUCGGAAUACGGUUUUGAUCCUAGGGCUAAGGGAGUUGGGAAGAGUGUUGUGGAAAGAGAGAGCUUUUCUUUGUCGAAAAUUUGGCUAAGGGGAAAAAAGGAGAAGCAAAAAGUUACUAGUGUUAGAGAUCAAGAAUGUUCUUCACUGUCUUCCUAUUCAAUCCAAUUUCCAAACCAAAGCAAUCCUCCAGAGAUGAAGAGUGGGAUCGAUGAAGAGAAUCAAAAGAGCGAAAAUUCGGAAUCUUUGGAGACGAGAACGCCAUCUUUUGCUAGGAGGACCAUGCUUUGGCUUGCAGGGAGACAAAACAAGGUUGUUCAUCCUUCAACAUCCCAUGUCUAGUUUUUGACUUUUUCUACAAUUGUUUGUGUUUCAUUAGAGAGAGAGUAGAUGAACAUUGGUAUUCAAACAAAAAAGAGAGUAGAUGAAUAGUGGGAGAUUAAUUAAUAUAUGUAGGGAUCUUACUUCUUAGACACAUUGAGAAUUUGGUGGGUCUGUAUUGCAGACAUUUCACUUAUUGUUCUAAUUCUUAUUAUUUGUUUCUAAUAACAUUGGAGACAAGAAUGUGAAAGAAGCUACUUUGAUGACUAAAGUAGAUUCAUUCUGUUAAUCAAUAGCUUACUAAAAUAUUUUUACCAAAUUCAAGAUUAAGAAGUGUUCCCCAUCUGCAUGAAUUUGUUUUCUAAAUAUUUUUAUCAUCAGAGGCAAGCGACGGACGUAUCAUCUAUGAAUUUGUUUUAUAGCAUAAAUAACAAGUGAGUUUGUUGGUAGACAGCUGCAUUUUAAUUGAUUCUUAUGGAUAUGUACCAAUUUUUAUCACACAUGUAAUGUGUCUAUAUUGGUAAUAAACAUUUGAAUACUCAUGUAAGUAAUAUAUAUGAAAAAUAUAUUUGUAUAUGUAUGUGUUAUAAUUUGAAUACUUAUGUAUGCAUGUGUUAUAAUUUCGAUUCGCUAGUAGUCUUUUGCAUUAAUUGAUGAAAUUAAUAAAUGUCACGGGAAGAGAAGGGUUGUAUGCUCACUAGUCGCUUUGUUAAGUUUGAAUGCACAUUUUGUGGCAAGACUUUUGGAAUAAUUACAUCAGUCUUGGUCUAUUGGAAUUAUAAUAUCAUGAGUAUUCAUGGACUUUCACGAGUUUUUGAAGAACUCAUCUCUUGAUGUAGUUGAUUUGGUCAUCUUUCACUUUCACUUCCACUUUCUAAUACUGCAUACAACUAACUGUUAAACACAA